UGUUUUGUCGAUUGAGUGUCUUCUAUCUCUAUGGCUCGAAGCUCAGAAUUGAGAGGCUGAUGAUGCUUAGCAUCUUAGCAGUUGAGUUAGAGAGAGUCAGUAUAUGUAUAAUAAUAUACAAGUACAUAAGUAUAGAGAGAACGCCCGAGCUGGCCUGACCCGAGUUCUGAACCGUCACAGUUACCGAAGAAGAAGAACGUAAACAGCAUCAACGGGAGGAGUGAGAGAGAGCCUGAGAGGGAAAGUCCGCACGGAACCAGCAAUCUCUCUUUCUUCGUGCGUGCAUGUUUGUCCGUCCAUUGCAAUUGCAUGCAGUGUUUGCGGGUACUGUCGUGUUAAGACGACUCCACAUAAUAGUAGGUGUAUAAGUAUUAUUUGUACGCAUUUGCUUUCAUCAAGUGCCAGACUUUGAGUCCAUGUACCUAAAAAAGCAUGCAGUGCGAUUAAUCUCCCCGAUCCGAGGUUACUGCAGUUGUGCCAAGUGUUUUGUGUACCUCGAAAACUAGCUCUGCUCGCUGCUGUGUUAUCAAAGUACCUGUUGUUGCGGUGUGUUUGUGUUGACCUUAUGAAGAAGACUGAUUUUUUAUUGACUCUUUCGAUCUCGUCGUGUGCAGAAGAGGUUGACGGUGUGUUUAUGCAAUUCCCAUCUGCGACGCGACAGUUUUUGCCAUUUCCUUAUGUAUGUCAAUAAAUUUACGGGUACCUACCUUACGGGAUUAUAGUUAUCAAAAACUGCAGUCCGUCUUCUUAUUACUUAAGCCCCAUGUUUACUCAGCAGACUCCUGGAAAGAUCAAGAUCUUAAUCGGAUGAAGACGCCAGAACAGAGAUGGACGACUCUUCAAUCAGUAAAUCAGCAGAUCCUGGUGGUGGUGGUUGUUGUUGUCAUGGCUGUUUCAAUUCUAUCGACGAAGAUGAAUUUAUUCAAGCUCUUGGACAGGAAUGGCACGUUGAUUGCUUUAGAUGUUCAGCAUGCGAUGCAGCAUUAUCCUCCUGGUAUUUUGAAAAGGAUGGAUUGCUAUUUUGUAAAGAUGAUUACUGGGCAGCCUAUGGAGAAGCUUGCCAAGGAUGUGGUCAUAUUAUCACAGGCCCUGUGAUGUUGGCUGGUGAUCAUAAAUUUCACCCAGAAUGUUUUGCAUGCAAUGCUUGUGGAAAUUUUAUAGGGGAUGGAGAAAGUUAUGCCCUGGUGGAAAGAUCAAAACUUUAUUGUGGCAUGUGUUACAAAAGACAGGUGCAACCACUCAGCAAAACAGCAAAUUAUCCAUUUAUUAGAAAACCACACAGUAUAAGACUGGUGGAGAUACCACCAAAUGUCAACAACCAAGAGAAACAGCGAGGAAUCAGAUUAACUUUAGAUGCUGCACCAAGUCCAAGAAAUGGCGGUGGUGCAUUGCUCCGUAUUUCCGAGUUGAUAAGAAAUGUCCGUGGAAAGAUCUGUAAGCUGGUGACCUCUAUGACAGAGGUUCUCUUUAGGCUAUGCUGCCACUUCUCUAAUUAUAGACUUAACACGUCGAGUGAUCUUAUGUCCUUGCACAUUGGCGAUCGGAUACUAGAAGUUAAUGGAACGCCUGUCAAAGAUCAGCCAAUUGAAAGCAUUGAAAAUCUCAUACGAUACUCGGAUACAGUGUUACAGCUGACGAUAGAGCACGAUCCGGAUACAGUAUCACGGCGACCGGCUCACUCAUCAAUUGUAUCGCGAACGUUGAGCCCGAAAACGAGUCCGGAUGGCAAAGAAAGACUGUUUAAGAGACGUGACGAGGGUUAUAUUAGUGGUACUAGAAGCCGGCAGCUACGAAGAGGUAAGGAUCCACAGCAGAAGGAACGCAGCAGCUCCAUGUCUCGGCUGCUGGAUGGAGCAUCGUCGACCAAUGCAGGUUGUGAUCUGAGCCGAACGAGGUCAUUUCGAGUGGAGCCAAAGAAUCAGAGGAUAUUUCGGGCCAGCGAUCUCGUCAAAGGUGAAUUACUGGGCAAAGGAUUCUUUGGACAAGUGUACAAGGUCACUCACAGAGAUACCAAUGAGGUCAUGGUGCUUAAGGAAUUGUACAGGGUCGAUGAGGAGGCGCAGAAAAACUUUUUAAAAGAGGUGGCGGUGCUACGUUCUCUUCAUCACAACAACGUAUUGCGCUUCAUUGGGGUUCUUUACAAAGAUAAAAAGCUUCAUCUCGUAACUGAAUUCAUAUCGGGAGGUACGCUUCGGGCUCUGUUGCACGACACGAGCCAAGUUAUACCGUGGGAGCAGCGAACUUCUUUCGCAAAAGAUAUCGCUGCUGGAAUGGCUUACCUACACUCAAUGAACAUUAUUCAUCGUGAUCUGAAUUCUCACAAUUGCUUGGUGCGCGAGGACAAGACAGUCGUCGUAGCGGAUUUCGGUCUAGCGAGGAUUAUACAAAAUGGCAAUGCGCUCGAUAAACAAAAUUCCACCGGAAAAUACAGCAGACGCUCAGACGGUGAAGUUCGAACUUCUCGGAAAGAACGGAAAAAGCGUUAUACUGUAGUUGGCAAUCCCUACUGGAUGGCGCCGGAAAUGAUGAAAGGCAACAAAUACGACGAAAAAGUCGACAUUUUCAGCUUUGGUAUCGUCGUUUGCGAAAUAAUCGGCCGCGUGCAGGCUGACCCCGAUUACCUUCCGCGUUCAUCGGACUUUGGCCUCAACAAAAAAGCCUUCAAAGAAAAAUUCUGUGCCAAUUGCCCCGAGUGCUUUUACACGAUAGCCUUUUUGUGUUGCGAUUUGAAUCCGGAUAAAAGACCACCUUUCGAGAUAAUGGAACUCUGGUUAGAAAGCAUAGCUAUGCACUUGGCAGCCGACACUCCCUUGCCAUCGGAUUUAGAUUUGGAUAUAAAAAAUUACGCCGGACCUAGCCCGAGCAGCAGUGAGUCUACGACACCGGAUGUCUUGAGUCCUCAGUUAAAAACAAUUACCGAAGGUCAGGUGCACCGUGAAAAAAGGAAAGCAAGCGUUUGCGACGACAGCACGCUUGAAUCUGAUUUCUACCAGCAGAGCAUCAAAGGAAAAGAAAAUGUUGAAAUGCCUGUGAAAAAUGCCAAACAGAUAGAUACGACUGAGAAGAAGACCGAAGAGGGUGAGAAGAGAUAUUCAAGGCUCAACAGUAGAACAAAAGAUUCCACUGAUGCAACAAGCAACAAGUCAUUCAAAGUACAUUCGUAUUCGAGACAGAGUAGCACGAAUAGCACUUGUAACGAAGAGGUUGCGAUUGAUCACAAGCUCAGUGUUAACUCAACUAGAACUAAUCAGGAGACAUCUGAAAAGUUUGAUCCAGAUAAUUAUCUAGGCGAUGAAAAAAUUAAGUACAUUGGUCAAACGGAUGCACCAAGUAUAGUUCCUACUUCAUCCUCUAAUUUUGUUUGUAACGAAUCAAAACGCUCUUCUUAUCGUGUCAAUCGUUCUCGGGUGGAACAUAAAAAUUCCCCAAACAGUGAAAGCUCAAGUACAAAAUCCGAAAGCUCAAAGUUCAAGCUUAACGCCACUGGGAGUUUUGUCGGCAUGUACUUACGUCAGAUAAGCAAAUCUAUCGUCCCUACUUCGGAAAAAGAAAACUCAUCGUCGUGUUUGCAAGCUAAUAAAAAUUUGUACAGUGUAACUGAUAAGUGUAAAACCUCAAAUUCAGCAUCAAUGUCUGCUUCAACACCUUUAAGGCGAACAAAAAUAUCACCGACCAAAGAGUCGCCGUGUAAAAGCGCCUUUACCUACAAUGUUGAUGAUUCUGAACCACCAGAAGAUUUUCUGAAGAGAAAACAAAAAUCCAAAGCAAAGGAGUCCCCAACACCGAGGAAAAAUAGCAGUAAGCGUAAAAGUAAGAGACGAGGUAAGUCGGAUCUUGGAUACGUCGAGAGCUUUUCCUUUGACGAUGCGAAUAUUUCAAACAUAAAAAAAACUGACAAUAAUGAAAAAGAAGAAACAGAGGAACAGAAUAGAAUUGAAAACGAGCUUUUCUGUGAAGCAAGUUCAGAUUCUUCUUUCGAUCUUUUUGAUGAUUACUGUAAAAAAGGGGUUGUUGAGCGUCAGAGCAGCUUUGGCUCCGAUAGUGCUGUUGGCACGAUGAAAAGCGAUUUUUUUGCCGACAUUGAUCUCGCGAAAAUCAGGGAUGGAUCAUCAGCGUUAUUGCAAGAACUGUGCCGUACCUCCGACAAAUGUUCAGCAACGCCAAAUCACACAGCCUCAUCGUUUGAAAGUACAGCUCUAUAAGGGCUUUACGUUUUUAACGUUUUUAGAUUUUAAGUGGAGUAAGCGAGACUGUUGUUCUAGUUUUAGGAUGUUGGUGUUUAGAUGUGUUUUUCAAUAUCAAACGAUUUCCUUUUGAUGUUUUUUACGAAAUUUUUGCUGCUAUGUUAAAAAAAAAGUAAAAAAUGUGAAAGCAAUAACUAUAAGACUGGAUAAAUCAUUGCAACUAAUUAUUGAAAUUUUUAUUAUCAUCGUAUUCUAAAAAUCAUAAACUUGUCUAUAUAGAACUAAGAAUUUUCAGCGAGUAAUUUUUUUGCAGAUGCAUCGUCAUUACAUUAUACAAUUAACACCAGAAGAUAAAACAUUAUCUAAUUACUACAUGCCAUGCAUCUGAAUAAUUAUAAUACAUGGUUCGAAACACAUCUUUACACACAAAUUUGUAAAGUAUUAUUUUUUUUUUUUUUUUACGAUUAUUGAGUCUCAAAUAACAGCAUAACGCUAAAUGCUCGUCUCAAAUUAUUAAUAGCACUAUUCCAUUUUGAAAUUCCAUUUAUAAAAAUUUUUUUAACGUUUAAGGUUUUGAUUACAUUCAUUCAUGUAUAAAAAAAAAAAAAAAAA